CAACAUCCGCAUCACUGGCUGCCUACCAGCAUCCUCUUCUCGUUCUCUCCCAGUCUUUCUCUCCUGGAGGGGACUCCUCUUUCUCUUGCUUGCUCUGUCUGCAACGCCUCAUCCUGCCAUCCUGUUCCCCCUCUGCUGUCUGUCACCGUGGCGACAUAGCCUCUGCAGCCAUGGCGACUAGCCAGCAGGAUUCAGGCUUCUUUGACAUCAGCCUCAAGUCUCUGCUUAAGUCCUUAGGAGGGACCUCUCCUGUGAACCUGAAGCCACCACUCCCGCCAGCCAGUGGAACCUUGGGAGAGAGGAAGGGUCCUGUCGUCAUGGCGCCCGUCAAUGUGGACCCUGAGAGUAAGCCGGGCGAGUUCGUCCUGAAGAGCCUGUUCGCCAACUUCACCUUGCUCUCCGAACGCAAAAUUCGCAUCAUCAUGGCCGAACCGCUGGAGAAGCCACUGAACAAGUCUCUACAGAGAGGAGAAGACCCACAGUUUGACCAGCUGAUCAGCUCCAUGAGCUCUCUGGCAGAGUACUGCCUUCCAUCCAUCCUGAGAACCCUCUUCGACUGGUACAAGAGGCAAAAUGGCCUGGAGGACGAGUCCCACGAGUAUCGACCCAGGGCCAACACCAAGUCAAAGAAUGAUGAGCAACAGAAGGACUAUUUAUUGGAGAGGAGAGAUUUGGCCAUCGACUUCAUGUUUUCUCUUGUGCUAAUCGAGGUUUUAAAGCAGAUUCCCCUCCAUCCUCUUUUGGAUGGACUCAUUCAGGAAGUUAUAAACCUGGCCUUCAAGCACUUCAAGUACAAGGAAGGGUAUCUGGGACCCAACACGGGCAACAUGCACAUCGUGGCUGACCUCUACGCUGAAGUAUUAGGAGUUGUUGCUCAGUCCAGAUUCCCUGCAGUGAGGAAGAAGUUCAUCUCUGAGCUGAAGGAGCUGAAACAGAAGGAGCAGAGCCCGUACGUUAUCCAGUCCACCAUCAGCCUCAUCAUGGGACUCAAGUUCUUCCGCAUCAAAAUGUACCCGGUGGAAGAUUUUGAAGCCUCCUUCCAGUUCAUGCAGGAGUGUGCACAGUAUUUCCUGGAAGUGAAGGACAAAGACAUUAAACACUCAUUAGCUGGACUCUUUGUGGAGAUACUUGUACCUGUAGCUGCUACUGUGAAGAACGAGGUGAACGUGCCUUGUCUGCGGAAUUUCGUGGAGAGUCUGUACGACACCACGCUGGACCUGUCGUCGAGGAAGAAACACUCUCUAGCUCUUUAUCCUCUGGUGACCUGCCUGCUGUGUGUCAGUCAGAAGCAGUUCUUCCUCGGCCGCUGGCACAUUUUCCUCAACAACUGCCUCUCGAACCUCAAGAAUAAAGAUCCCAAGAUGGCACGCGUGGCUCUAGAAUCCCUCUACCGCUUACUGUGGGUUUACAUGAUCCGAAUAAAGUGCGAGAGCAACACUGGAACACAGAGCCGCCUGACGUCCAUCACCUCCACUCUGUUCCCCAAAGGGAGUCGAAGCGUUGUGCCCAGAGACAUGCCGCUUAACAUUUUUGUCAAGAUCAUCCAGUUUAUUGCUCAGGAGAGACUGGAUUUUGCCAUGAAGGAGAUCAUAUUUGACCUGCUGAGUGUUGGGAAACCUGCCAAAGCCUUCAGUCUCAAUCCAGAGCGUAUGAACAUAGGACUGCGGGCAUUUCUGGUGAUAGCAGAUGCUCUGCAACAGAAGGAUGGAGAGCCUCCAAUGCCCAACACAGGGGCCACGCUGCCCUCUGGAAACUCCCUAAAGAAGAAGAAAACGUAUCUCAGCAAGACUCUCACUGAAGAGGAAGCCAAACUAAUAGGCAUGUCUUUGUACUACUCGCAGGUGCGAAAGGCUCUGGACAGCAUCCUCCGACAUUUGGACAAAGAGGUGGGACGUUGCAUGAUGCUCACCAGUGCCCAGAUGCUCAACAAGGAACCAGAGGACAUGAUCACGGGUGAAAGGAAGCCUAAAAUCGACCUGUUUAGGACCUGUGUUGCUGCUAUUCCUCGCAUCCUUCCCGAUGGCAUGUCCAAACCUGAGCUCAUUGACCUGCUGUCACGGCUCACUGUGCACAUGGACGAUGAGCUCCGUCUCAUUUCCCAGAACUCUCUGCAAAGUUUGUUGCUGGAUUUCUCAGACUGGAGGGAAGAUGUCCUGUUUGGUUACACACAUUUCCUUCUGCGUGAGGUCCAAGACACUCACCAGGGUCUGCAGGACGCAUCUGUGAAGCUCCUGCUGCAGCUGCUCACACAGUGGAGGUUAGCUCUGCAGCUCCAGGGGAAGACGCGAGGUGGAGUUGAGGCCAGCCCCAGACUGCCAGAUCGAAGCCCUCAUUGCUCAGUGCUGCACGCAGUUGAAGGCCUGGCUCUGCUGCUUCUCUGCUCAUGUCAGAUCAGCACAAGGAAGCUGGCAGUCGGUGUGUUAAGAGAGAUACGUUGCCUGUUCACAGCUCUGGGACAUGCCGAGGAUGAUGACAAACCCAUGAUAGAGGUCAUGGACCAGCUGAGUCCAGCUGUAAUGGACAGCUUUGUUCACGUCGCUGUCUCGGACUCGUCCACCCUGCCGCUCAGCCACCACGUUGACCUCCAGUGGCUGGUGGAGUGGACGGCUAGACUGGUGAGCAGCUCCUAUGACGUGAAGAGUCCGAGCCACGUCUGGAUCUUUGCCCAGUGCUUGAAGGACCCGUGGGUGCUCUGUCUGCACAUCUUUUUGCGGCAGGAGCAUCUACCAAAGCACUGCCCCACCGCUCUGGGAUACGCCUGGCCCUACGCUUUCACACGUCUACAGCUGCUGCUGCCUCUGAUUGACCCCAACAGUCCAGUGAAUGCUAAGAAGACAAGCACAGCAGGCUCCAGCGACAGCUACAUCUCGCUGUGGCGCAACUACUUGAUCAUGUGUCUCGGCGUGGCUAAGCCAAGCAUCAUGUCCCCGGGUCACCUCAGAGCUUCCACACCAGAGAUCGCAGCCACCACACCUGACGGCAGCAUUACUUACGACAACAAGGUGAUUGGUACUCCUUCAGUAGCCUGGCUGUUAAAGCAGCUUGUUCCGUUGAUGCGAGCCGAGAGUCUGGAGAUCACAGAGUCUCUGGUGCUGGGGUUCGGUUGCACGAAUGCUCUGGUGUUCAGGGAGCUAGUUGAAGAACUCCAUCCGCUGAUGAAGGAAGCACUGGAACGGAGGCCUGAGAAUAAGAAGCGCAGAGAAAGGAGGGAUCUUCUCAGGCUGCAGCUGCUCAGGAUCUUUGAGCUGCUCGCUAAUGCAUCAGUAAUCAGUGACAGCACCAACGGAGCACUGGAGCGUGAUUCCCUGGCACUGGGAGCCUUGUUCCUCGAGUAUGUGGAUCUAACGCGGAUGCUCCUGGAGGCCGAGAGCGAAAAAGAGCUGGACGUGCUCAAAGACAUUAGAGCCCAUUUCAGCGGGAUGGUGGCCAAUCUCAUCCAAUGUGUUCCUGUCCACCACAGGCGCUUCCUCUUCCCUCAACAGUCUCUGAGGCACCAUCUCUUCAUCCUCUUCAGCCAGUGGGCCGGACCCUUCAGUGUCAUGUUCACCCCCCUCGACCGUUACAGUGACCGCAACCAUCAGAUCACCCGCUAUCAGUAUUGCGCUCUCAAGGCGAUGUCAGCGGUUUUGUGUUGCGGUCCAGUGUUUGACAAUGUGGGUCUCUCGACUGACGGUUAUCUCUACAAGUGGCUCGACAACAUCUUGGCCUGCCACGACCUGCGGGUGCACCAUCUUGGGUGUGAGGUGGUUAUUCUGCUGUUAGAACUGAACCCUGACCAAAUCAAUCUGUUCAACUGGGCCGUGGAUCGCUGCUUCACGGGGUCUUACCAGCUGGCGUCUGGCUGCUUCAAGGCCAUCGCCACUGUGUGUGGUAACAGGAAUUACCCAUGCGACCUUGUGACCUUGCUCAAUCUGGUUCUGUUCAAAGCCUCGGACACCAGCAGGGAAAUAUACGAGAUAUCCAUGCAGCUGAUGCAGGUGCUCGAGUCUAAGCUGUGUGCGUACUCUAAGCGCAUGGUGGAGCAGAAGCCUGGUAAUAUUUUAUACGGAACACAUGGCCCACUGCCUCCCCUUUACAGUGUAAACCUGUCGCAGCUCUCAAUCCAGCUGGCCAGCAUGUACCCGGAGCUCACUCUGCCUCUGUUCUCAGAGGUGAGUCAGCGAUUUUCCACCACCCACUCCAAUGGCAGACAGAUCAUGCUGUCCUACUUGCUACCUUGGCUCAGUAACAUUGAGCUGGUGGACAAUGGGCUCCUACCGCCUGCCUCGAGCCCCUGCACCCCAGAGGAAGAGCCUCGGGGUCAGGCACGGGGCAUGGGUCUGUCCCCGAGUCUGAGAGGAAAUGGCUGGGGCUCCCUGCAGGCGACCUCGUUGGUGCUCAACAACCUCAUGUUCAUGACAGCUAAGUAUGGAGACGAGGUUCCUGGCCCAGAGAUUGAGAACGCCUGGAACACACUGGUGUCUAAUGAGAGGUGGAGCAACAACCUACGGAUCACGCUGCAGUUCCUCAUCAGCCUGUGUGGAGUCAGCAGUGAUACCACACUGUUGCCUUAUAUCAAGAAGGUGGUGGUCUACUUGUGUCGCAACAACACCAUCCAGACAAUGGAGGAGCUCCUGUUUGAGCUCCAGCAGACCGACCCAGUUAAUCCAGUGGUCUUGCACUGUGACAACCCUCCCUUCUACCGCUUUGCAGCCAGCAACAAAGCCUCCACAUCGCAAACAGGCACCACCUCCAGCAGUAACACAGUAGUGGCUGGUCAGGACAACCUGCCAGACACAGACGAAAACAAGCUGGUCCGAGAGGAAGAGCGCAGGGCCAGGGCUCACAACAGAGUAGAGUCUCGCUACAGCAACAGCUCUGGAGGCUCCUACGAAGAUGAAAAGACUGACCCACUCCCACCAUAUGCCGGAUGGCUGCUGAGUGUUCUGGAGACCAACCACCCCCAGCCGCUGCCCAUGCCCGUGAACGGAGGCUGCUGGGCUCCUCUGGUCGACUACCUCCCAGAAACCAUCACACCCAGAGGUCCACUGCAUAGGUGUAACAUCGCUGUGAUAUUUAUGACUGAAAUGGUGGUGGACCACAGCGUAAGAGAGGACUGGGCUUUACAUCUGCCCCUGCUACUACAUGCCCUCUUCUUGGGUCUGGACCACUACAGACCAGAGGUUUACGAACACAGCAAACGCCUCCUUCUCCACCUCCUCAUAGCCCUUUCCUGUAACAACAAUUUCCAGGUUAUAGCGUCCGUUCUGAUGCUGACGAGAGAGAUUAGCGACAACAAGACGCUCACCAUUAAAUCCAGCUACCACACAGAGUACCAGCAGUCACAUGCGCCUGACUUUCUCAGAGAGUGGCAGACGUCUCCGGUGGUCGACUCCGGGCUGAGCUCCACCUCCAACUCGUCCUCUGCCAGUCUGGGUGGCUGUAGCACUGCAGGCAGUGUUGGCAACUUGCCCCUGGUGACACCGGAUGACCUGGAGGAUCUUGAAGAUGCGCCCAAUGAGACGGACGAGAAGACAAACAAACUCAUCGAGUUCCUUUCAACAAGAGCUUUUGGGCCACUGUGGGCGCACGAGGACAUCACACCAAAGAACCCGAACUCCAAGAGUGCCGAGCAGCUCUCCAACUUCUUACGCCACGUCAUCUCUGUCUUCAGAGAGUCCAAGUCUGACUUCCACCUGGAGCAGGAGCUGAGUGACGUGGCUUUACAGACAGCCCUGUGCAGCUCCUCACGCCACUACGCUGGCCGCUCCUUCCAGAUCUUCAGAGCCCUCAAACAGCCCAUCAACAACCACGCUGUCUCUGAUCUGGUCUCACGACUGGUGGAGGUGGUCGGGGAACAUGGCGAUGAGGUGCAGGGCUAUGUGAUGGAGGUGCUCCUGACACUGGAAUCAGUGGUGGUGAAUUUAUCAGAAUGUCUGAAAAACAGUGACCUCAUGGCAGCUCUGACCAGGACUUCCUCACCAGACUUUGUGACAAGUGACAAACUGAUGAACAGAAAGAGCACGGGUCAGCUGAACUUCCCUGGCCCGGGAUUUGUCGGGCUGUCAUCACAACGCCAUCAACGCUCCUACUCGGUCCCUAAGAAGUUUGGCGAGUGCGCCAGCCAGAUGAGCGAUCCUCCACGCAGUGCAACUCUGGACAGAAUACAGGCCUGUAACAGUCACGGCCUCAGUCGAUCGGGGAGAAUCGGCGGCUCCUGCACGUCGUCCACCAAUCGCAUUGAUCCCAGCGUUCUGUCGGAUCCUGCCCAUGUUUCCCACCCGUCAUCGAUCCUUGCCACAGUCUUUUGGGUGGCAGUGUCACUCAUGGAGUCCGACUUUGAGUUUGAAUAUCAGAUGUCACUUCGUCUGGUUCACAAGCUGCUUUCAAAGGUGCCCAUAGAAAGACAAGAGAACCGUGAGCGCCUAGAGAAGCUGCAGGCUCAGCUGAGGUGGAGCGGCUUCUCCGGGAUUCAGCAGCUUUUGUUGAAGGGUUUCACAUCCCAGGCCACCCUGGACCUAACCUUACAGCUCUUCUGUCAGAUCACACCCGUCUCCCGUGUGCCUGUCGUCGACAGCUCACAGUCUAUAGGUUUCCCUCUGAACGUGCUGUGUCUGCUGCCUCACCUGGUGCAACACUUUGGCCAUCCAAAUCAGUUUUGUAAGGAAAGUGCUGAGAGGAUCGCACAGGUGUGUUUGGUGGAGAAGAACACAAAGCUUUCUCACUUGGCUCACGUGAUGACUCUCUAUAAGACGCGUUCCUAUACGCGGGACCCUUUUUCUUGGGUCAGUGUGGUCUGUCGCUACCUCCAUGAGGCUUUCUCUGACAUCACUUUGAGCAUGGUCACCUAUAUGGCUGAGCUCCUGGAUAAAGGCCUUCCCAGUAUGCAGCAGUCUCUCCUCCAGAUCAUCUACUGCCUGCUCAGUCACAUGGAUCUGACCGCUGUACAAGUCAAACAGUUCAAUGCUGACGUCAUGAAAACUAUUGAGAAGUUUGUCCAGACAAUACACUGGAAGGACGCUUUGAAUAUUUUAAAGCUGGUGGUGUCACGUUCUGCCAGCCUAGUUCAUCCGGUGUAUGGCCACUCACAAGGUGACCUGUCCAACCUGGAGGUCAGCAGGGUGUGGGACGGCUCAGCCAAGGCUCUGCCGGGGAAAACGCUGGACUUUACUUUUGACAUCUCUGAGACUCCAGUGAUUGGGCGACGGUUCGAUGAGCUCCAGGGUUCAGGGGGCAGGGAGGGAAAGGCCAGAGCCAUGGCUGUGACUCGAAGUACUUCCUCCACUUCCUCCGGAUCCAACUCCAACACCAUCUUAGUGCCCGUCAGCUGGAAGCGACCACAGUCGUCGCAGAAAAGAACCAGGGAGAAGCUGGUAAAUGUUUUGUCUCUUUGCGGACAAGAAGUCGGACUCACUAAGAACCCAUCUGUGAUCUUCUCGUCAUGUGGCGACCUGGAUAUGAUGGAGGUGCGGGAGAGUGGCGUGUCCUCAGAGGAGGGUGGAACCAGGGACGACACGCUCGAAGACACCGCCAGUGAGCAGCAGUUUAGGGUUUUCAGAGACUUUGACUUCCUGGACGUGGAGCUGGAGGAUGGAGAGGAGCUCCAGGGCGAGACCAUUGAUAACUUUAACUGGGGCGUGCGUCGGCGAUCUCUGGACAGCACAGAGUUGGGUGACCUGUUAGAGGAGAGCCAGCACUCGGGCAGCACCCCCAGCCUGGGUCACGAAGACCCUCACGAUUCAGACGAGUCGUCGGAGGAGGAAGAGUCUUCAACGAGCCAGAGCCUCUCUCACUCUCAGCUCACGAACCCUUCUCCAUCAGAGGAGACAAUUCACACCGAUUCCUUAUCCACUUCAUACGACACAUCUGCCGACCUGCUCUCCCUGAGUGCCAUCACACUAGGCCACGCGGCCCUCCAGGAUGACCACAUUGGCCUACAUGGGAGAAUAUGUGGCGAGGACGAGGACACUCAGGUCCAGGAUGAUGAGCUCUCACUGAGCGCCAAUGAGGUUCCUCAAGGCUCAGACUGCGGCGAGAGCUUCACCCUGGAGCUGCCGGGGCAGCAGCUGCAAGACCAGCUGCCCAACCUGGACCACAGGAUCAAUCCAGAUUACUGCCAACCACCGCUGGACUUUCUAGACCCCAACUGUCUGCCCAGCUUACGUGAUGAUGUAGAUGACUUGGAAGACCUUGGUUUUCCUCCUCCCCCCUCUCCAUUUUUCUCCGCCAUCUUGGCAGCCUUCCAACCCACAGUGUGUGACGACGCCGAGGAGGCGUGGCGCUGUCACAUCAACCAACUUGUGACCGACUCGGACGGGUCCUGCGCCGUCUACACUUUUCAAGUCUUCUCGUCUCUCUUUAAGAACAUCCAGGGUAAAUUUUGCACCCUGACGACUGAUGUUGCCACUUACCUUGGAGAGGGCCUGAGGGGCAUAGGAUCCAAGUUCCUCAGGUCCUCACAGAUGCUCACGACAUGCUCAGACUGCCCCACAAUCUACAUUGAUGCUGACACGAUCAUGUCCUAUGGUCUCCUUGAGAAGAUGAAGUUCAGUGCACUGGAGCUGCAGGAAUACCUGGAUACCUACAGCACCAAAGAGGAAGCUGCUGUAGUUUGGUUGAGGAACUGUAAGGACACGUUUCCCAGGUGUCCCGGGGACAGCGUGGUCACCUGGCCUGGAGACUCAGAGGAGAAGCAACUGGAGCUUUGUCAGAGGCUCUACAAGCUGCACUUCCAGCUUCUCCUACUCUUCCAGUCCUACUGCUCGCUCAUUGGCCAAGUCCAUGCCAUCAGCUCUGUGCCUGAGCUGCUGAACAUGUCUCGGGAGCUCACUGAUCUGAAGACCAGCCUGCAGGCGGCGGAGGCAGCUGUGGCCAGUGACCUGGAGCACAAACUCCUGGCCCACACUCACGCACACGCCACCCAGGUCGCAGCCAUGGUGGUGCCCAGCUUCUCGAACUCCGAGGCAGCCGUGCAGGCCAUACUGGAGUGCCUUAAGAACCACGAGUUCACCAAAGCUGUGCGCUACAUCCAGGAGUGCAGGAGGCAGUGGCCCACUGGAGUGUUUGGUGGCAGCUCAGAGACCGAGGUCCAGACCCUGCUCAACAUCUAUUUCCGACACCAGACGCUGGGUCAGACGGGCACCAUUGCCCUGGUCGGUUCCCGCCAGGACCUCAGCCUGAUUUGCUCCAAGCUGUUGGAGCUCAACGGGGAGAUCCGCGACAUGAUCCGCCGCGCUCAGGGUUACCGGGUCGUCACAACCUACCUCCCCGACUCCAGCGUCUCAGGGACAAGUCUCUGACAGGACUUCAGGAGCUCCCCGCCCCCUCCUUCCCCACCCUUACUUCACCCAUCACUGACCCUUUCAAAACCACCUCCACAUCCCAUGGUCCCCUCUCUGGCAGAGGAGCCUCAGCACCCACAUACCUGGCCAUUGCCUCCUCCUGUGUGUCUGCUGCCGCGGUUGCACACCUCCAGGCAGACACCUGCCUACCGCUCUGCCCAACACUAGAACCAGAACCACAUUUCGACCACGAGGCAGACCUCUCUCUGCUCUCCUCGUCCUCCACUGCAGACUCAGAUGCCUCUUGGCUCGAUUUUCCCAAACCCCCAGAUCUGUUCGCAGCGCAUAGCUGCUCAACUACUCCGGGCCAACCAGAUUAUAGGAAUAAUUUAAUAACUAAUCCUCAUGAGAAUACUGAUAUUCACUGUCCCCAUAGAGGACGUUCAUCACACAGUUCCUCGCUGUCACGUUUACACGGCAACAAACCGUUCAUAUCAUGUCUGCCAUCUGACACACUGAUGACCGUAUCAUCAGAGCCGACCUUACUCACACAUCACGACACAAACACAUCACCCGUGCCUCCUCCGGGCUUCCAUCUCCCACAUUUCCCCCAAUCUCCGUACAAGCACUCAAUCCCAUCACGUGUUACAGCCUCAGGCCGUAACACAGUCCUAACCCAAGGCCCUGCCCCGUCACCACGUCCUCCUCCCCCUCCUCCUCCUCCUCCUCCUCCCUGUCCCACCGAUCCAGGAGCGGCCACAGCAUGGGGUUGCUGCUGCUCCCUUGGUGGAGCUGCUACGCCCUUGACUCGCUACCUGGGAAAGGUGGGGCAUGCCGCUCUCCCGCUAUUAAAAGUCGGGGGGCUCCUGAAAGCUGAACCGUCAGACGUCCAGACGUGAGAUGUCUCACCAUUGACAGAGGAACUUAAGAGCUUAAGAACCAAACACGAAAAAAAGGUCACUUAUUUGUGAACAACUGUGAGAUCUAUGUAUGUGAAAAGAAGAAGGCAAUAUGACAGAGGGAUCUGAAAAAUGGUGAAUCACGGCCCGAGUGUAAUGGGAUGAAUCACCGAAAACCACUGGAUACAACAAAUCACUGUAUGCUGACAAAGACGACCUGAUGUGACACUAUCACGAGCAUGAGCUUCGCUUCACAGCACCAUGUAAAAAAUUGAUGUUGCUUCUCGUUCGAGUCCUGCUCUGCGGUCGGUCGUCCGUCAGCAAGCCGAUCUCCCCUGCUUUGAUUUGUCACUCAUCUCCCCCGAGGAACUCGAGAACCUGAUUGAACUUGAUUGACUGACGCUGUCUCUUUCGGCAGCAAGGACCUAAGUGUGCUGGUUGCAUCACCAGAGACAGAGAGGAAACUACCUUUGACGCGACAUGACAUCACUGGUACGCUUUUCACUAUUGCACUAAAUGGAGUUUCGACUUUACGGAGAGUCAGUUCUGUUACUGUGUUGUUACUGUGAGGGAGAGGCCCCCCGUCGCAUUUCCUGAAACAGAAAAUCUGGAGUUGCGUUUCUCUCCUGUCGUCCACUGUUUUGAGAACCUGUGCAAUGCAUGACCCAGCUGAAUGCAAUAUCUACUGUACACCUGUGGCCCCCCCCCCUUUUUUUUGCUCCUUCAAGGUCUGCCCACUUCGGGACUGACGGAAAGACUGAUCGAGUACAGAGCGGAUGCAGAAUACGAGAGUUAUUCCCUACGCUGCCCCGUCGCUCUGUUUAUAUUCCGUGUCAGUGAACCAGCUUGCCCUUCCAGCUGCUGGCGUGAUCCUUGGUGGACUAAUAAUGCCCUUAAAUGUGCGGCACACACUACUCCGUGGCUAGUUGUAGCAUCGUUAGCGAGCGUGCACUCUGUAUAUUUGUCACUGUCCGACACUGUAACACUUUGACCCCUAUUAUGUGUUCACAUGCCAAGAGGAUGGUGCAUGUAUACGCGCAGAUAUUUUGUCAAGUCUGUAUAGUGUUAAUAGUUAGACACACAACCAUAGUUAGCAUAUGUUUGUGUGUGGUUUGUAGUUACUUUUAACCCGUAAAGGGAAUGCUGACAUUCAGCACUCUUUGUGGAUGUUCAAAACAAAACUUGUGCUACUACUGAAGUUGAACACUUCCCCGUCGUCAGCUCUUUCUGUGACUCUCCCCUUGUUCCCCCGCCGUACAAAUGUCUUUUCCUAUUUAUAUCCGAUCAGCUACGAAUCACUCAUUUGACUUAGGUUUUAUAUCGAUGUUUGUCCUCUGAACUCAAACUGCCAUGCAUGCAUUGUCUGUGUACUGUAUGGAGUGUUGGAAAUAAUAUUUAUUAGUCUAAAAGAUGUGUUUGUAUGAGGUGCAAAAGGGAGCUUUAAGCUCACGCGGGUAUGUCCCCCCCCCCCCACUCUGUGGGAGAAUGUGCGUGUGCAUGCCAAACAUGAAAUUGCACAUUUUUAAAGCUUUUUAGAUAAAGACUAGUUGUUUUUUGUUCCAUCUUGUAAAUACUUUUACAGCCUUUGUGAAGUUGUUUUUUUGAGUUGAUGCUCUGUACAAGUCGGUGUCAAAGUAAAGACAUGUCAACCAUU